CUUGUUUUUUACUGGUGCUCGUUGAUAGUAGUGAACAUGCUUUUGUGAUAGGUGAUGUUGAAGAAGAAGAAGACUCAGCCAACGACAAUUGUAAUAUUGGCAUUUCAUUAGAACAUAUUGAACGAAUACUGUCAUCAAUGGCCUGUGCCGUUAUUGAGUGGAUAGCUUCUUCAGAUAAUUCAAGUGCAGAUACAUCAUUUUUGUUACGUCUUACUGAUGCUCUCAAUGGAGGAUUGUACGUAUAUUCUCUUGACAACACAUUUCCCAAAAAACUCUUACAUUCAGCACGUAAGCCACUUUCUAUUUCGAGUGACUCAUUAACAUUUUCUUCAA